GAAUGAUCGUUGUACGUAGCACGCUUGCCUUCCGACGCGAACCCUCACCCGGUCAUGUACGUCGUCGAUCUAUCAGCAAAGCCUCGAAAUCUGCACCUCCUCCUUCGUCCUCCCACGUGUCGACGCCUUUCAAGCUCUAAUGCGUUCAUGCGACGUUAUACCUCCGGACCAUCCACUUCUUCCGCUCCCUGAUGACCUUGCGGUGUCAACUGCUCUCGGACAUAGAAAUACGCAGAGGAUGCAACACUUCUUAGAGGGGGAAGAUUCUACGGGUCGACAGGAAUGGGCAAGCUGGAGGCAAAGGUGGCGCUGGCGAAGGAUUUUUUCAUUUCGCUCAGAAGGAAAGAGAAGGACUAUGAACUCCACAUUGCACGAAGCGUGAACGAGGACUGAGGUUCAUGGCGUCAGGAUGGACGUAUCCUCACUCGCGACCCGUCGACCUCUAUUCGCACUUGCCCUUGGUUCUCUCACUACAGCUUUCACCCUCGCCCAACGCUAUUCAUCCCAUCUCGCCUUUUACUCUCGCCUCCACACCUCCUACGGUGCCAUUACUCGAUGACCCGCUUCCUCCGCCCAUCGAUCUAUCCCGCUCGGAACCCAUCUCCAUCGUUGUCCCAACGUAUCGAGAAGUAGUAGCAGCGUAGCCUCGAGGAGAUAUUUGAGCAAUAUACAGUCUGAGCCAAGGGUAUCCUUGGGGCUUGCAGUCACGCGCGAUGUACGACUCUCUCGCAGAUUCUUCAUACGACACUGCUAAUAUCGACAAGACGACCUUCACCUUCACCUGCUCUUCGACAUUACUUCCACCAACACCGGCUCCAUCCUCCGCUACAUCAAGUUCGCUAUCUCCGAACACUGCCACUGCCUGGCCGUCCUCACAUAUUCUUCACCUCUCCCUCCUCCGUUAUCCGAUUCGAAUUCGACUCCGAAGCUCGUGCCUAAACCUCUACAAUAUCCGAACUGUCAGUUACGCUCGAGAGUAUUAUCGCCGUCCAAACGAAACUAGCUCGCUCAUCAACCUGAAACAUCGCCGGUGUUCCUGCAGAGGUCGAACCUGUUCGGUCGAUAAUCUCCUGGGAUGGACGGCAUGCAUAGAGAUUCGGCGAAUAGGCCGGGAGGUCACGACGACGACAUAAAAACCUAUAUCCGCCCCAGCCGCUUCUCGACUCGACUAUCUCCGAUUGCCUCCACUUCUGCCAUUCGAACUCCGCGACUAUGGUCCUCUUGAAUGCGCGGACGAACGGACCGUCACUGGGCCGGAGUUUUGGGUCGCAGAGAAACAUCGCAUGAGUAAAGCAUAGAAGCCAAGAGACGCGAGUGCGGGAGCAUUGAUGUGGAGUGUGCGACGGGCGAGGUAAGACAAGUGAAGAUACGAGGUUGGAACCCGUUUGGGUGUUCUGGUCGCGUGCAUAAGCUAGAUUGAUCGGAGUAAUGGGAGAGAUAGUGAUGAGGUGGCAUGGGAAGGAGUGACGGGAGGAGGAGACGUUUCGCGGGACCAGGCGAAAAGGACAGGAGUUACAGGGUUGACGGGUUUCAUGAGGAAGGCAGAGCAAACAGACGUUGUGUACGAGGAUAGCCACGAGGAGAAGAGUAAGACGAAGAGUCAGGCCCAUCUGCGGAAAACGACGAGGGUGGCGAUCCAACGACGUGACAUUGUCGUACCGUCGAGUAUACACGGCCUG